CUAUUGGGGAAAUAACUUUCACUGCUGCCUAUUUCUAAGAAAAACAUGAACUUAAGUAUCACUGAUUAACUCCCUGAUUUACUUCUGUAGGGGAUUAAUUUAUGUGCAUCAGUCAAGGAAGAAAACAUUUUCCUAAACUUGUUUGACUAGUUUGGAGAGAGAAUGUAAACAUGGUAUUAAUUUCUUGUGGAAUGUGUGCUCUUCAAAUCUUGGAUAUGACCUUGGGUCAAUAUUAAUUGUGCAUUCUUGCAUGCUGAAAUAUCCCCUGGCUCUGUAAAAUUAUAGUUUUUUUUAAUCCAUUACUAUAAAAUUUUGCCACAAAAAUUGCUAUAAUUCACCCUUAACUGACAUUAAUAGCAGAAUCUCAUGGAGACCUCAUUUCCUUUUUUUCCAGUAAAAUUUAUUUGGUUGGAGUUUGGCACAUUAAUAAUACUGUGGGAAAGUUUAUUACAUAUCUUUUGCUUGCGUUCUCAGAAUGUUAUACUUUAGUUUUAUAGCAAUAAUAUCAAAUAAAAUGAGAGUUCCUAUAUAUAAAUGAAUUUCAAAGUCCUAUUCAAAAAUUCUGAUAUUUAAGCCAAUGUGAUUUAUGCUGAAGUGGGAAGAAGAAAACAGCAGGGAAAUGUACAAUAUUUUUAUCAAUAUGCUGUAUUUUUCUUUUUGCUUUCUUUUCACCUGCAUUCUUUUCUAAUGAAGGUCUACAUAGAGAAGGAAGAUCUAUUAUGGCCAUUCCCAUAGCAGUUAUUGAUUGUGAUCUCUUGCUGUAUGGACGUGGACAUAGGACACUGGAUCGCUUCAAGCUGGAGGAUGUUACUGAUGAAUAUCUGGUAUCUAUGUAUGGAUUUCCACGUCAGUUCAUUUUUUAUUUGGUGGAUCUUCUAGGUGCCAAUCUUUCUCGUCCCACCCAACGAUCCAGAGCCAUCAGCCCAGAGACGCAGAUUCUUGCUGCAUUAGGUUUUUAUACUUCUGGCUCUUUUCAGACUCGCAUGGGAGAUGCCAUUGGCAUUAGCCAAGCAUCUAUGAGUCGUUGUGUUGCCAAUGUUACCGAUGCUUUGGUGGAAAGAGCCUCUCAGUUUAUUCAUUUCCCAGGGGAUGAAGAGUCAAUACAACAUCUGAAAGAUGACUUUUAUGGGCUGGCAGGUAUGCCAGGGGUACUAGGAUUGGUUGAUUGCAAUCAUGUAGCAAUAAAGGCACCCAAUGCUGAGGACUUGUCAUAUGUGAAUCGAAAGGGCCUUCAUUCUUUAAAUUGCCUGAUGGUGUGUAAUGCCAGGGGAAUGCUGAUGAGUGCGGAAACACACUGGCCAGGCAGCCUGCAGGACUGCACUGUGCUUCAGCAGUCAGCUCUGAGAAAUCAAUUUGAAGCUGGUAUGCAGAAAGAUGGGUGGCUACUUGGUGAUAGUUCUUUCCUUCUUCGCACCUGGCUAAUGACUCCUCUGCAUAUUCCUGAAACACCUGCAGAGUACAGAUACAACAUGGCACAUUCAGCAACUCAUAAUAUUAUUGAACAAACAUUCAGGACAAUCCAAUCCCGGUUCCGUUGUUUGGAUGGAUCAAAGGGGACGUUACAGUAUUCUCCAGAAAAAGCAAGCAACAUCAUCCUGGCUUGCUGUGUACUUCAUAAUAUCUCUCUGGAGCAUGGGAUGGAUAUAUGGUCUUCCUCAGAUUUGGAACAAGUAGAGCAUCCAGAGGAAGAAUAUGAGCAUAUGGAAUCGCUCGACUCUGAAGCUGACAGAGAUCGUAAGGAAUUAUUGCUUACACACUUUAGCUAACCAAAUUUGAGAAUAUCAAGUUGGAUUUAAGAAAAAAGAUAAAGGGAAGCAUAGUGUUAAGUUUUUAAAAAGAAUUUGCCAAGAGGAAUAUAUUAUUUAUCAGUACUUUGAGAAAAUAAAAUGUUGAACAAGUG